AUUUUCUACUCUUACAUAUGUUUGAGCUUUCUGAGAAUAUAUCUUGCAUCCUACAAUUUACAUGUGCCGUUUAAAAUGAUCCACGUUGGUUUAUAGCAUUUUAUCUACCAUACAAUAUUCAUUUGCCUGUUCUCCAGACUGAGGAGCCUUUGCACAGAGGCUGACCUCCUGCACACAGCCGGAGGAGUUCAACUAUGUCUUUUCCCAGGACUGUUUUAAACGACUCUGUCAUCAUUCAUCCUCCAGGCUUCUACAUCAUCGGAUUUCAGACGAUUCCCUUCGUCAGUGUCUACUUCAUCUUCCUGGCGCUCGUCUAUGUGGUCACGGUUCUGUUCAACUGUUUGGUGAUCUACGUGAUUGCCUCUAAUCGUUGUUUGCACACGCCGAAAUUUCUGGCCGUGGUCAACCUCGCGGUGAUCGAUUUAAUCCUGAGCUCGUGCACUAUUCCCAGCAUGAUUAAGAUAUUUCUCAUCAAGGACAACUUUGUUCCAUUCGACCUUUGUCUCGUGCAAAUGUAUGUGUAUUACACGUUUGUCUCAUUGGAGUCAUAUGCACUUGCUAUUCUUGCCUAUGACCGGUUGAUCGCAAUUUGUUUCCCUCUGCGGCAAAACUCGAUCAACACACUGCAAAACAUGUCUUGUAUUGUCGGCCUGACUUGGUCCUUUGCUCUGGGAGUGACAGCGUUUACAACAGGUAUAAUGACUCGACUGUCUUUUUGCAAAUCCGUCACAGUCUUCAGUUAUUUCUGUGACUAUGCGCCUGUGUUUCGACUCGCCUGUAACGACUACACGAUGCAGUGGUCUGCAGCUUCUGUUCUCACCAUUUUGAUUCUUGUUGUACCUUUUGCUUUCAUUCUCCUGUCUUAUGUCAGCAUCCUGGCCACAGUGUUCAGGAUGAAGUCACUGGACAGUCGUUGGAAAGCUUUGGCCACGUGUGUGGAACACGUCAUUCUUGUCACUGUAUUUUACAUUCCUAUCAUUACCAUUUUCACCAUUGGAUUCUAUCUGGGAGUCAUUGACCCGGACCAGCGUGUGCUGAGCCUGUCGCUGGCCUCCUGCGUCCCACCCUGCGUCAAUCCUAUUGUGUAUUCAUUGAAAACUAAAGAGAUCAAAAUCAGAGCCCUGGCACUGGUCCGAAAAAAAAAGUCUGCACACAACUAAAAGGCGAGAGGGUCCGAAAAACACAGCAAUAACUGUUAUCAUCUUAUAAUCUAUGCCAACAGAAAGGGGCCAAAUGCUCUGAUUGACAGUGAGGUCAUCAGUGUAGAGAAGACUGUGAACAGGGCACCGUGCUGCAAACGGCACGAUUAUUAAUCAUCUUUUAUUAUGAUUUAAUUAAAGUUGCACUUGUGUCAUAUAUACCAAUACCUUUGGCUGUGGUGAGUAAACCGAUGACUCGAGGCUUUGUAUUUGGUUAAGAAUAAUAACUGAAGAUAAUGAUAAUUUAACACCUUACUUUAAUCACCUUUAUGUGACGUCUGGCUGUAGCUGUCUUCCAUAUGGUGUUAUGUUUUCCCAUGUAUCUGACUUCUUAUUGACAUUAUUACUCAUCGUAAAUGUGAUAAA